AUGGCCGAACUGCCAUCACCCUACGAGUGCUCGCACAAUGCUGGCGCUAUGUCUGCAGUGACUGUGUCUCCGCCUGUCGCCGUGCUGUCAUCAACACGCAAUCGCCACCCGUCGCCACCGCCCAGCUACGAGACGGCCGUCCGGAAAGACCGGGCCGCGUUGUCUGCCGGCGAGACCCGGCCACGGCACCUGGACGGCCAGCAGAGCCAGCAGAGCCAAGGCCGGAAGCACCAGAAAGAGAGAGACCGGCAGAUCCUGGAGCGCGUCUUGCACAAGAACGGUGGCGGUGGUGGCUGCCGGGGCAUCACGCGCGACCGUCUGGGCGUAGCCCUGCACGACAUGGCCCUGGCCGGCAACGAGGCAGCCGUGCAGGCGUUGCUGCGUGCUUACGCCCCCAUCGUCUUCACCGACAGCGGCUUCGUCGCCAAGAGGUCCGACGGCUGCACCCUGCACGCGGCCCUUUGA